GGUGAGGCGCUCGGGCGCGGGCGCCAUGAACCCGCCGGCGCCCGGCAAGACGGCCACGCGCUCAUCAGGGUACAACCAGAAAGCGCUAGCCGAAAUACGUAAUUCAUUACUCCCAUUUGCAAACAUUGGGAGCUCGGAGCCGCCGGGCUCCUCAGCGGCCAGCACUGUCAGUUCAGGAGUCAGUUCUGGUUUUAGCUCAUCAUCUGGAAAUGGGCUAGAUAAGGAUUUGAGUGUAUUACCUCAGUCUCUCAACCAGCUUGUAGCUCUGGGUUACGAUGAAGACCCAGCAGCUAAGGCACUUAAAUAUGCAGGUGGCCGAUUUGAUGCGGCACUUGAUUAUCUCUCGAAGAAGCAAGAACCUCUCAAUGGGGUUCUCAAAUCAAAUAAUUUAAGUGCUCUCAGUACAAAGCUUAUAAGAAAACCUAGUUUAGAAAGAGAAAUCAACCUUCAUAGAGGUAGUCCCGCGCUCGACUCUGGGGCGGGAAGUUCCCGGUCAGAUAGCCCUCGGCAGUCUGACGCGCCUCCACUACCUCACGAGAAAUUGAGCCGGCAGUACUCGCCAUCGGGUUUCUCGGAGCCUCCGCCCCCGCCGCCGCCGCGAUGUCCUUCUACGCCUCCGGUUCCGCCUUCGGUCCAGCAAUACAUGAAGCGGAUUUCCCCCGCGCCGCCCUUGCCCCCGGCUCGAGGGACGAGCCCCGUCGCCGCCGGAGCCCCGGCGCCUCCCGCGCGGCAACCCAUGAUCGUUCAGAACGGGCCCCAGGUCCAGCAGCAACUAACACAGCAGAUCCAGGCCCUGAGUAUUUACCAAACGGGCUCAACGGGUGCAGAGCUCCCGCCGCCCUAUCCAGUUUCCGGCGUCCCACCGCCGCCGCCGUACUCGAUGUCGAUGCAAAAUCGACAGAGUCCGACGCAAUCUACGGACUACAGGAAAAGUCCGUCAUCGGGCAUAUACUCGGGAGGAACCUCGGCCGGAUCUCCAAGUCCGAUUACGGUGACGCAAUCGACCGGCUCGUCGUCGGGAAUGACUCGGCCGACACCUAUGCAGGCUUGGACGGCGCGGCAAGCUGUUCAGCCUCCGAUAAUCAUGCAGUCGGUGAAGAGUACCCAAGUCCAAAAGCCAGUUCUUCAGACUGCGAUUGCGCCGGUGGCGCCGCCACCGGUGGCCAGCUCAGUGGUGCAGCCGCCGCCGCCCUCAUACGCCAGCUCCAUACAACAGAAGCAAUCGCAGACGCCGCCCAGCUACCCGCUGGCGCCCAAGCCGUCGUCGCCGGGCUCGACGCCGCCCGCCCUGCCCGCCCUGCCUGCGACUCCGCCCGCCGUCCCCACCACCGAGCCGCCGAGCUAUGCGAUCACAAUGCAGGCCCUCGCCGUCCAGAGAGGCAUGCACCCGAUUCCUCCGCCGCCCUACGGAAAUCCGAGCGACAACACGACGACAGUUAACUCGCACCAUUCACCUUUACAUAAAAAGUUUUCGAAUAACUGUGAUAUUAAGGGAGAGUCGUCGCAGAUGGAGGUCAAGUGUCCCAAUCAGAACUGCAAUCUUUUAAAAGAUAGCGUGCCGUCCGGUUCCGAUAAAAAUUCGAACGGUUCGACCGAGAGGCGACCGAAAGCGGGACCUGAGAAGAUCAGGCAUCAGUCGCCGAUACCCGAACGAAAGAAUAUCAGUAAAGAGAAGGAAGACGAAAGGAGAGACUGCAAAGUUAGAAAUUAUUCUCCGCAGGCAUUUAAAUUUUUCAUGGAACAGCACAUAGAAAAUAUCCUUAAAUCUUAUAAACAGCGUACGUAUCGUCGCAUGCAACUGGAGAAAGAAAUGACGAAAAUAGGUCUCAGUGCAGAGGCUCAAGAUCAAAUGCGAAAAAUGCUAUCGCAGAAGGAAUCUAAUUAUAUCAGGUUAAAGAGAGCAAAGAUGGACAAGUCUAUGUUCACAAAAAUAAAACCGAUAGGCGUCGGUGCUUUCGGUGAAGUUACACUGGUUAGAAAAAUCGAUACUAGUCAUCUAUAUGCCAUGAAAACGCUACGAAAAGCAGAUGUUCUAAAGCGAAACCAAGUCGCACAUGUCAAAGCUGAGAGAGAUAUUUUAGCUGAGGCCGACAACGAGUGGGUCGUUAAACUUUACUACAGUUUCCAAGAUAAAGAUAACCUUUAUUUUGUGAUGGACUACAUACCGGGCGGGGAUUUAAUGUCGCUUUUGAUAAAGUUGGGUAUAUUCGAGGAAAAUUUAGCAAGAUUUUAUAUAGCAGAAUUAACGUGUGCAGUAGAAAGUGUACAUAAAAUGGGAUUUAUUCAUAGAGAUAUAAAGCCCGAUAAUAUCCUUAUAGAUCGCGAUGGACACAUUAAGUUAACUGACUUUGGGUUAUGUACGGGCUUUAGGUGGACGCAUAAUUCGAAGUAUUAUCAGAGAAAUGAUCAUGGGCGCCAAGACUCCAUGGAUCCAGUAGACGGAGAGUGGGGUGCGAUGGGUGAAUGUCGCUGUCACCAAUUAAAACCUCUAGAAAGGCGGCGUAAGCGGGAACAUCAAAGAUGCCUCGCGCAUUCUCUUGUGGGUACUCCAAAUUAUAUAGCCCCUGAAGUGUUACAAAGGACGGGAUACACUCAGCUUUGUGAUUGGUGGUCAGUCGGGGUUAUAUUGUAUGAAAUGUUGGUCGGAUCUCCACCUUUUCUAGCCUCAACUCCUGCUGAGACUCAGCUUAAGGUGAUAAACUGGGAGAGCACACUUCACAUCCCCGAUGCGGCAAAUUUAUCUCGAGAAAGUAAGGAUCUGAUCCUUCAAUUGUGUUCUGGACAGGAGACUAGACUCGGGAAAGAUGCGAAUGAAGUCAAGAAUCACCCUUUUCUGAAGAGCAUCGACUUUGAAAAGGGUCUUAGAAGACAAAUAGCACCCCACAUCCCGAGGAUAGACUACCCAACUGACACGUCUAAUUUUGAUCCAAUUGAUCCUGACAAACUGCGAAAUUCUGGUAGCUCAGACUCAAACAAGUCGGACAGCGAGUUACUUGACAAUGGCAAGACGUUUCAUGGUUUCUUCGAAUUUACCUUCCGAAGAUUCUUUGAUGACGGUUAUACGAACAAAAUUAACCUCGACGACAACGACAACCAGGGCCCGGUGUAUGUCUAGUGAUAGUGAAAAAGACACUUUAGAUGUUACAGUGUGUGCCUUGACUCUCUAUUAAAAUGAUAGAUUCCCUUGUAAACAUAACGAAUGUAACGUAUUUAAAAUUACUUUUAGAGCCGUAUUGUUAAUAAUCCCGGUGAUAAUGUUGUAAUAUUGUAUCGUUAUGUAUUUGUAAGAUUAAACCUAUUGUAAUAUAUGUAACGAAUGGAUCGCAGUAGUUUGUAGCCACUGUAACCAUUGGUGCUGUCCGCCCGCGCGUCGGGAUGUUAGCGUCGUUCCAUUCACUGUAUACUAUUUUUGUAACUAGAGAAAUUAUUUAUGAGAUAAGAACAAGCUUACAUGGAUUAGUGAAUGAUACGUCACUAUAUUUUCUUAUGUAUUUAUCAAGAUAGGUUGCUUAUAAAUGUGUGUUUGUUAUAUAAAUUUAAACCGUAACAUAUGGGAGUCAUUUACGUAACGGAAAAGUUCGACAGAUCGGCAUGCCUAAGGUUGAAUGGAAGUGCUUUCAGUCCAGUGGAUUGGAUCUUGUAGCGUGUGCCUUAUUCAUUGUAAAUCUCUUUACACUGAUUUUUAAGGGAGAUUGAAUUUCAGAAGAUUUUACUUAAACUUAGGUCCGAUUUUAUAACUCGAUACGAUGUAGAGUGCAAUAAAUAUUUAUUAACAAAAAAAAAAGCGAAAUCGCAUGUUUAUUGAUACGUUUAUUUAAUGUUGAAGGAGGUUUUAGUUGCGUUCCCAGAACGUAAACUUCGUUACGUCAUUCAAGUACAUAUUCAAUGAGAUUUUAAGAUAUUUUUUUAUUUUUUGUGCAAAAAUGUAUUAUUGUUUUCACUAACAACAUCCAAUUUUAAUAUUAAGUCGCGAAUAACGUUAAAUUAUAAAAAUCCGAGAACAAAUAUCGUGUGACUAGCAGCUAUAAAGAGUUAGCUUGUUUGUGAUCAUGAGGACAACUUUUUUGUACAGUAUGUUAUAAACCAGUCACUUCACCUUAAAUUAUGUGUUAUUGAAUGUAAAUUGUUUUAUUCUAAAAUGAAACAUGCUUUUAAGUAAAUGAAAAUAAAAUAUGGGAGUUUUGUUGA